CUAUUGCAGAGGCCUCUAGCCGAAUACGAGCAGAUUGCACUGACAUCUAUGAGAAUUGACAAAGACAGAACUACAGUGUAUCGAAUAUCACGUUUUAAUUAUGCAUUUAACUUUAAAGAAAAUUUCAUUUUUUGUUCAUUCAAAUAUUUUGAAAUACCAAAAUGUUAGAUGUUAUUGUAAAAAAGUGGAAUAUGAUAUGAAAAUUCCUAAAAACCCAUUGAAAGAGGUCUAUAGUGCAAAUCACCAAACUAUUAAUGGUGCUAUAUACGAUAAUAAACCUUUUAAAUAUAAGUGCACAGCUGGUAAAAUAUAUGUAUGGUGCUUAUGUGGUAAAAGUAAUACACAACCAUUCUGCGAUGGUACGCAUAGGAAUCAAUUUCUUCAAAUCAAGCAGAAGCCUAUACGUUUUACAGUUGAAGAAACCAAAGAUUAUUGGCUGUGUAAUUGCAAACAAACAUCAAAUCGGCCAUUCUGUGAUGGUACACAUUUAAGAGAAGAUAUUCAAGCAAAGAAAUAGUAUACAUGUACAUAACAAUAAAUCAAUUUUUAUUGAAAA